GAGAUAGUCUACAGAGGAAGAUGAGAAUGAGACCAGACAAGGCUCAGCUUGUGCAUCAACACAUUCUAGAAGAUACCAAUAUGGAGCCCAUGGUUAGUGCCACACAUCAGCGACUAAAGAGGGCCAGGAUUGAACAGGACCUGGACUGCAAGAUCAAGAACAGACCCGGUCCUCUGGAACUCAUCGAAGGCAACAUCUUGAAAGCAGAACAUUUUGUGGAGCAGGCUGUCAAAGAUGGCAAGGUCAAGUUUCUGAAGACUAAUGAGAUGGAUACGUGUGAUGACUCACCUUAUAACUUUGAUGAGGACAGUCAAGAGGGGGGUAGCGAUGAACCCAUGUCGCCCCCUCAACUCUACUCCCAGCAGUCUGAUAAUCCUCCAAGUAGUGUGGGGAGUAUACCCUCACCCCCGGACUUUACGUCAUACUAUGACCAUCACAUGAUUCCUCCUUCAAUAACUUCCAGCAGCCCUAUUCAAAUUAGGAUUCCAUCGACUACCCCGACGACGAUGUCGAUGAUCACGAUAAAGCAGGAACCAGGUGUCACCAGCCCUCCUCCGAUUGUCAGCAUGCCGAACACAGUCACGUCAUCGUCGCCGUCGAGCAGUAAGAGCGGGUCGUCAUCGUCCUCGAGCUCAAAGAAUUCAAGGAAGAAACAGACGAAGAGGAAUAAGCCAAAGGAGAUAAAAUUCCAUGAGUACAAGCCUCCUAACGAACAGGCAAAUAAACUAGCGAUUCCUCCCAAUGCCAGUAACCCUUAUAACUUGUUGUUGAUGCAGCAGCAACUGCUUCUGCAACUUCAGCUGUUACAACAGCAGCAUCACCAGCUUAUUCUACCCAACGCUCCGAACAUGAGCACAACGACUUCCAGCAAAUUGUCAUCAAACAGUAAUCAGGGGUCUCAAUCUCCAAGCAGUACCACGGUGACGAGCUCGUCCUCACCGACACCUCAAGAUAACAAGGCUAAUGUGGCCAACUGCACAAAGACAAGAAUCCUCUCAAACCUUGAGGAUAUGAAGGUUUCAGAAUUAAAGAUGGAGUUGAAGAAUAGAGGACUUCAUGUAUCUGGCACAAAGCCCCAGCUUGUAGAGCGGUUACGCCCCUAUGCUGAUGUGUCUAUGUCACCCGUAGCGACUGCAAAUUCCUCUAAUCAGGAUGUCACGUCGUCGUCAAUAUGUUCAGGAACAAGUGGUACCAAGGUCACAAGCUCAACCGAUGCUGGUCAAGAGGUUGCGAGUGAGACUGGCAGCGCAAGGGCAUCUAUGAGUUCACCGCCAGUGUCGCCUCCUGACUUCAAAUCUCCAGUCUCUGUAGCCACUUCUGAGAUGUCUGACCCUGCUUCUCCCGGCAGUGCCUUUGAUCCAAUGUCCCCUUCCACAUUCCAGAUGGCACCACCUCCAUCAGUCACCACCAAUCCCGGUUCAGUUGUCUCGGCAUCCUCACCCCCCAGUGUUUUCAGCCCCAGCUCAGAAAGCAUGCAUAAGCAGCAGGUCCAGACUAAUGUGCAGAUGCUGAACUCUUUCCAGAAUCAAACCUUCCAGAUGGAGUUGAAUGACAGCAACUCUGUCAUGGAACAGGUGAUGGACAUGUCUGCUCAGUUGGCUUACAACGAUCCAGCAGUCAGCAGCGAUAUUCUCCGCAAACAACAACAGAAGAUUGAAGAGCUUCAGAGGGCUCUCAGGUUAUCACAGCUCCAACUGCGCCAACACCAGACAAACUUGCAGUCACCUAUCCUGAGUCCACCUCCUGCUCCACCACCACCACCGGCUCAUACUGCAGCCCCUUCUGGAGCGACUGGCGUAUCGCCCAAAACGGGUUCUCCGAUCAAGCUCGCAAGCAUCAAUCCGCAUCCACCUCCCCCUCCAAUAAGCAUGCCAUCCAUCAACAAUCCUCCAGCGACGACCAUUUCAACGGCCAUCAAGCCACCGCCCCCUCCUAUAACAGCAGUUCACAUCAAGUCCCAAUCCCCUCCGAAGCAGUCCUCCCCACCCGUGUUCCAACCUCCAGACUUUGCCACAUCCUUGAACCAGCAGCAGAGGACCUUUACCUUCACCACACCCUCACCCAACGGUCAACCCUUCCUCUUCUCAAAGACAACUCAAGAGGUCAAACCAGGGGCGUUGUCUAAUGGACUCUUGCCUGGACAGAAGUCAUCGUCUUUGCCCAGCAGUCCGACCGAUCCAGAGGCAGUUCUGGGUAUUUCCAGUGGGGCCAGUCUACCGGCCUACAACAGUCCACCACCUAACUAUGAAGAGGCUGUCAGACAAACCAAGGAAAGGAAGGCUCACCUUGGAUCCCUCUUGAACCCUAUCAACACGGAGACUGGUGAACCAAGGAUGACAAAGAGCCAAGACCUAGAUGAUCUUCUGGAAGUUCUGGUUGAUCAUGGAUAUCAAAUUCCAGUAACUCCCAAGAACAAGGAUGUGAUAAACUUGAGUCAUACAAGACUCCAGACUCACGUCUCACUCCCAAGUUUCUCCAUGGCCACGACAUCAUCUAGCCCAAGAUUCUCACAGGCAGGAGUCCUGAACUCGACAUCCACCAGCCAACAAGGAAUACCACAGAGUCAGAUGCCCCAUCCCCCUCCACCACCGCCUCCCCAUCCUCAGCAACAGCAGCAACAACAGUCUCAAGAGCAGCAACAACAGCAGCCUCGGCAGCAGGUGAAGCAGCAGCAACAGCACAACCAUCCAGUUGCAGCAGCACCCAUUGCCAUCCCUCAUUCUUCUUCCGCUCCUUCCCCAUCCCCAAUGGAGCUACCGAUGGACGUCGACACCGCCGACAUGACCCUCAAUGCACUGGAUGUCGGCACAUCCCAGCCGAGUGUAAGCAAGGAGCAGCAUCUGAUGUCCUCAGCGACAAUGGACGACAAAGACAAUGCCAACAUCCUCUCGUUUGAUAUACCGAGCAUGCAGGUGGACGGGGACCGAGACGGCUCCACGUUCUGGGCAUUCGGAGACCACCCGUCGCCCAGUGCCGGGAUGCUGUGUCCGCCAUCAAGCAGCGAUUCAGACAUGAACUGGUUGGAUGUUAUGAUGUCAUCGUCCGGAUCAGGGCUCACCCCUGUCAGCGUGACCCCACCUACGAACAUCGGCGCUGAAGGGUCUCUUGGAACACCGCUAGGCAAAGAACCUUUCUCGCUCAACCUUUUUGAUUUGAAUGACGAUGCUUGGGACAAUAUACACGUCACCGAUUGAUGACGAUGUAAAUUAUGCUCCAAUUUUUUGUACCAUCCCAGAGAUCUUUACAAGCAAAGCAUGUUCCGUUGAUCAUCAUCACGGUACAAUUGGAACCAUUGGCAAGAGAAUGUUCCUGAAGACAUCACUGACAGUUACCUAUAGUCCAAAGAGGUUGGGAGACAUUAGGCGAUUUCAAGUUCAGUUUUGGCGUUGGUGUUAGGUAAUUUUUAUGUAAUCACAGCACCAAACAUAAAAUGAAGUUGGUCCUGAAAAGUCACUAUCUAGGUGUAGGGUUUGGAGCUAGGAAACGCAAUCCAAAUUGUGUUUCUACUACAAACACCGGACUUGAAAUCAUCCAUUGAAUCCGUGAUGAAAAGUGUAUUCUUGUAAUCUGAUCUCUGGGAUCUCAAGUCUAUUAUGACAUUUCCAAAGGUCCUUCAUCGCCAUGUUGUCCACCUUUUUUACAUCCAGUGCAGGAAUCACCAAAGUCCCUCACGUUUUAGAGGUAAAUUUUGGAAGAGACGCAUUGCAAGAACUUCUCCGCGCUGGUUAUAAAAGUGUUCCGAAUGACAAUGCCGAGAGGAAACCUGAAAAUUUUUUAACGAUUCCAUGAUUGUCGUAUCCUCAUUUUGUGUGAUGAAUAUCUGUAAGGUGUCUUGAAACAAAUAAAUUGCAGUUGCAAUACUAGUAUGGUGGCGAAAUGUACGCCGUUGAAUGGAGUUUAGCUUGUUUAUUAGGUGCCUGGACAUGUCAGUGUCAAUUUACCAAGGAAAGUUUGAUUGAAGGAAGAUUUUGGGAACUGAUACAGCUUCCACAUGAAGGAUUCAAGUAUUGACUAUGUGGAAGCAGAGCAUGAAUAUUUGAAUGUAUGAUACAAUGAUUAUAUUUUUGAAAGAUGGUGUCUGCAAAGCGUGGAAUUUCCCCUGCUUCGGAUGAAGGUUGGGGGGAAUAAUUAAGUAUUCAUCACAUUGAAAAAGAGACUGAUCCUAUGAUUCCUUUGAAGUUGUAUUUGUUUAUUGCUGUUCAGUUUGUCUGCUUGGAACUAUGCUGCUACGCAACCAUAGAACAUAAAUGUUCUCAAGGUAUUGUCAGAAUUUUGGCGUCGUCAGAGACCUGGAAUUCUCAAAUCUUGCUACGUUUUGUGGCCUUGAUGUUUGUUUGUGUCUCAAAGUUUCAGAUUUUAUUUAGUCACAUGUAGCUCUGUGCAGUGAGUGGAAGAGUAAAAAAUGAAAACAUGUGCACCUCAGAUUUUUUUAGAUAGUAUUUAUUUUUGUGGAUUCAUAUUUAUGUUCAUUAAUUAACUCAUACAAGGAUUUAUGUAUGGAGUGAUAUGUUUUUAUCAAUUUGUGUGGCAAUAUACCUUUUUAGUUUUCUUUUCAUUGUCAUGAUCGAAUGAUAUUGUGUUUUCUUUCUAGUGCUUUGUUUUUCAGUUCAAUUUUUGGAGAGUAUAAGUUUGAAAACACGAUCAUUAUAUUUGUGUAUUCAGAUUCAGUAAAGCCUGCAUAGGCAUCCUUGCAUUACUGAAUUCAUGAAGAUGAAAAAGACGUUUUUUUACGUUCGGUGCUUGGGAUGUGUGCUUUUGAAUUAUAUUUGACAUAGCAAGAUGUAUGUUUUUUGGUCUUUGACUAUAAAUUAAUAUUACUCUUUCAAAAAACAUGUCAGAUAUGAGCCAUAUAAUAUACUAGGCCUGUAAGAGAAGUCUGAGACUGAACGAUCAUGGUGAUAAAGAGAGGGCGCUCUAUAAUCAGUAUUAUGUACAGCCAGAAUUAACAAGGAUUCACAUCCGGGCCAUGUUUUAUAUACUUGUUAUCAAUAUCAAAUUACAUAUGUUGUUGUGAGCUAUUGAACUUGUAGCAUCUGGAAGAGAAUAUAUAUGUAUGAAUUUAUCUUUAGUUGUUGAUAACAAGUUUUAAAGACCUGGGGGAUGUUUCACCGAUAUUAAAGUUUGACUUAGAAUCGCAAUCAAAUUCCAGUCGCGUACGGUAUAGAAUGCAUCAGUGCAUUGGUCAGAUCAUGGUAAGGGGAUGCGCACUCCUGCGCAUUGAUCAAUGAUAUAUCGCAUUCAGUAAUAUUAUGUGUGUGCCAACAUUUAAACAUGACUUAAGUCACACUUAAUCUUUGUGAAGCACCCCCCAGUUAAGCAGUCAGAAGUCCAUCUCAACCGUAAAGUAUUUUGUUUGGACCAGGAUCAAGAUUUGGAUACAACAAACCUGCUUACACAGAAAGUGAAAAUGGUACCUAAUUUGGCUUUGAGAAUAUGUCAUUCCUAUAGAAGAUAUGAUAUGAAAUGAAAACUUAAAAUUAAUUUCUUUAAAUAUUGUUCCCAGACCUAGCCAGUCGAAAGUGAACAACAAAUAUUGCAUCAUAACAUCCAUAACUAAGCGUGCUCUCUUUAGGGGAAAAAAGUAUUCUACAACUCAAGCCAGCUGUAUUUGACUUUGAUCAAUGUUAAAUCAGUUUCUGUGGCAAAAUUAUUUCAUUAAUUUCUUGACUGCCCGAGACAAAGUUGGGUCAUUCUCAAGAAAAUGUCACAAGUCCUGAAAAUCAGGAAUCAACUCAAUUUCUGGCCCACAGCUCCACCCCAGCAAAAAUUAUACAUCGUUGUGAGUCAAUGGAGCAGUAUGUUUACUCGAUUAGCCCUACGUCUUGGCAACAGAAGCUAGCUCGGACCUUAGUUGCCUGUGCAUUAUUUGUUUUAUUUCCUGUUUGAAUUUGAAUCAAUCAUAUUUUGCAUAGUGUAAUAACAGAAUUGGUCCAGAGACAGGGAGAAGCACUCUUCAUUGAGAGUUAAGGCUACCGCACAUCUUACGACUGGGCCACGAUCCCAUUUUGGGUUAAAAUGUGUUUGGCUCAUUUUCUGAAAAUGUGAAUGAAAAGUAUCCUUUUAUUUGAGGUUCAAAUUAACUGAAAGAAUACUAAUAUAACAAUUUUGGAUGAUUAAAAACCUUUAUUUAGGAGUAAAAGCCAAAUUAUGUUUCAAAUCAUAACCAAUCGUACAAUUGCUACGACGUCAUUACGACUAGAUAUUAAAUUCGCUUUUAUUUCUAAUAAGGAUGAUAGCAUAGUCAGAGAUUUGAACAUAGGUAUUCGUGCCGUAACUUAGAACAUUAAACACUAAGAUAUUCGAUGUUUCAAUUAUCAGGUCGCAGGUCAAUCGUAAGGUGUGCGGUGGCCUUUAGACAUACUGGCUCUGAUGCCACUGUCGCACCUACGGAAUCGACUCCAGGACGAACAAAUUUAAUUACGUUAUUACCAAUGACAUAUUAUUGGUCUGUUUGGAGUCUGUUUCUUUGGUGUGAAUGUAGCGUUGUGGCUAUGUAGUUGGUAGCAUUAAACUGUCUCUUCUUGCAGGCCUAGUAGUUACAUGUACUAAAGGCGAUCUCCUUUUUUUCUUUCCAUUGAACUGUUUUAGACAAAAAGCAUUCCACCUCCUCUUAAACAAGUGCGAGGUCACCAACAUGUUUUAUCAAUUUCUUGUGUUCUAUUCAUCUCUUUUUUUCCUUUUUAUUUUCCUUUCUCUCCAAGAUGCUUUAAUUUGGAAUGUAAAAGUUAAAUUCAGAACGUACUGGGUUUCUGCCAGAGCUUGAGCGCAUUUCAGGUUUGCCUGUGGAUUAUUUUGUUUUAUUUCCAGUUUUGUUGAUGAAAAUAUCAGAAAUAUUUCUAUUUAAUUUAUCUUCUCUUGAACAUUUUUUCCAGUCAAGUAGAAUACACUAGAUUAAUGUAAAUAAGAGCGAGUAUACAAAUUGAUUAUUGAUAUUUACUAUUGGCCAUAAUUAAUAUAAUUGUAGAGUAAGAAUUUGGGGUUGUUUUGUGUAAUAUGUUGUUAAGCAUUUAACGAUGUCCCCCAUUAUAUAUUAAAGGUGUAUAUGUUGUUGAUAUGAAUUGUGUAAAGUAAACAAAAAAAAUCUGUAUGAAUAUGUACAUAGUAUUUCUGUGAUAUAGCGAGUGUGAUUUUUCUAACGACUUAUGAAGGCCUACCAUAACCUGUAGAUAGUUGGGUGUUCAAACGCUAUGCAAAACAUCACGACGUGAAUGGGUUACUAAAGUGAAACAAUUUGCAGAGUUGUAUUGUGUAAUGGUCUUCCACAGUUAAUUGGGAUAUAUUUUGAUUGUCAAUUUUCUUGUGUGAUAAUGUAACAUAAAAUGUACAAUUUGA